UGAGAUGGUGAGAGACGCAGCUCGAGACGUCCAUACGUGCCUUAUCUUAGUGGCAGUGACGUGAUAUUGCAGCUCCAGUCCUGAGGCUCGGCGAGAAAGCGCUUUCCAUCUCACUCCACAGCGACUCAGCAGCAUCCUCCAUCCGUCAGGGAUUGCGCUCUACCUGCUACCCGACCUGGGCAUCUCUUGAGGGACGGGCAGACAACGACUAAUGAUCAGUCGAGAUUCACAACAUUUUUAGCCCUCGUUCUAGUGUCUGCUCACUUCUGUUGCGCUCUCAUCACUUGGUUGCGUUGAGGUGGGAAGAAAAAAAAAAGGAGCGAGAUGAUGAUCCAGCCUGGAGUCUAAUGCAUUUUUGCUCACUGACCAUCUUGUUGCUCUAGACUUCUAUCAUCUGCAAUGGGAGAUAUCGAUUCGCAGGGGAGCGACACGUUUCAUUUCUAAAAGGAUGUUUCCAAGUAUGUGGGGAAAAUAGCCAUAGCUUUCAGAGUGCAAGGCCAAAUGACAUAGGAUGAAGGCUGUUCGUAAUCUGUUGAUUUAUAUAUUUUCCACCUAUCUCCUGGUUAUGUUUGGAUAUACUGGUGCCCAAGAUUUCUGGUGUUCCACGCUGGUAAAAGGAGUUAUCUAUGGAUCUUACUCGAUAAAUGAAAUGUUUCCCAAGAACUUCACAAACUGCACAUGGACGUUGGAGAACCCAGAUCCUACCAAAUACAGCAUCUACCUAAAACUUUACAAACAAGAAAUGAGCUGUUCUGAAUUCUCUCUGCUGGCUUACCAGUUCGAUCACUUCUCUCACGAGAAGAUCAACGAGCUGUUGAGGAUCAACGAGUCCAUCGUGCACCUGUGUGAUGACGCCAAGAAUAUUUAUGUGUUUUUGCAUUACAACAAAAAUUUCGUGCAGCUCCGGCGAGUGUUUCCCUACGACUAUAACGGAUUGACGACAAAGAAGACAGAGGAGGAGGAAAGGUCUGUGGUGGAGUUUGUGGUUUUAAACAAGGCGAGCCCGAGUCAGUUUGGAUGUCAGGUGUUAUGCACGUGGUUGGAAAACUGCUUGAAAGGAGAGAAAGCUGAAUCGUGUGGAAUAGUCUACGCUAAAUGCACCUGCCCUCAACAUUUAGGCGAUGGGGAAUCUGAAAGCGUGCUGAUGCUCAGUAACGUGCUGUUGCCUUUAAAUCCCCAAACCGAAGGAUGCCUGACUCCUCAGGUGCGCUCGGCGCAGGUGUGCAAUCUGAGCGCGGAGGUGCGGCGCCCAUCUAAGGAGGAAUAUGGAAUGAUCGGAGAACAUACUGUAAAAAGUCAGCGGCCAAGAUCAGUACAUGACACAAAGGGCCUACAGGAGCGAGAUGAAUCUGCUAAAUUUAUGGCACAAACUGGUGACCCUGGUGCUGAGGAGUGGUCCCAGUGGAGCUCUUGCUCAGUUACAUGCGGUCAAGGGUCGCAGGUGCGAACAAGAACAUGUGUCUCACCAUACGGAUCACACUGCAGCGGCCCUUUAAGAGAAUCCAGGGUGUGCAAUAACACUGCCCCCUGCCCAGUGCACGGUGUGUGGGAAGAGUGGUCUCCGUGGAGCCUCUGCUCUUUCACCUGUGGGAGGGGUCAUCGCACCCGCACUCGGAUGUGCACUCCACCCCAGCACGGAGGAAGAGCGUGUGAGGGACCCGAGACCCAGAGCAAACUCUGCAACAUUGCCCUCUGUCCAGUGGACGGGCAGUGGCAGGAGUGGAGUGCGUGGAGCGAUUGCUCGGUGACCUGUGCCAACGGAACUCAACAGCGGAAGAGGCAGUGCUCAGCGGCUGCUCAUGGGGGAUCUGAGUGCAGAGGACAUUGGGCGGAGAGCAGAGAAUGCUCCAACCCUGAAUGCACAGCUAACGGACAGUGGAACGCUUGGGCUCCGUGGAGUGGGUGUUCUAAGUCCUGUGAUGGUGGUUGGCAGCGGAGGGUACGUGUUUGCCAGGGGUUGGCGGUCACGGGGCAGCCAUGCGAAGGCAGCGGGGAGGAGGUCCACAGAUGCAGCGAGCAGCGUUGCCCAGCUCCUUAUGAAAUAUGCCCGGAGGAUUAUGCUGUGUCCAUGCUGUGGAGAAGAACUCCCUCUGGGGAACUGGCCUUCAACAGGUGUCCUCCCAACGCCACGGGCACCACUAGUCGACGCUGCUCACUGGAUCACCGCGGGGUGGCCUAUUGGGAGCAGCCCAGCUACGCUCGAUGCAUUGCAAAUGAAUACAGAUACUUGCAGCAAUCAGCACAGGGGCACCUUGCUAAAGGUCAGAGGAAUCUGGCAGGAGAUGGCAUGUCCCAGGUUACGAAGGUCCUCCUGGACCUCACCCAAAGACGCAAUUUCUAUGCAGGUGACCUUCUCUCUUCAGUGGAGAUUCUUCGAAACGUCACAGACACCUUCAAAAGGGCCAGUUAUGAACCCUCUUCUGAUGACGUUCAGAAUUUUUUUCAGAUCAUCAGCAAUCUCCUGGAAGAGGAGAACAGAGAAAAGUGGGAAGACGCACAACAGAUUUACCCAGGGUCUGUGGAGCUCAUGCAGGUCAUUGAAGAGUUCAUCCACAUCGUCGGGCUGGGAAUGAAAGACUUCCACAAUGCCUACCUGAUGACAGGAAACCUGGUUGCAAGCAUACAGAGGCUGCCUGCGGUAUCUGUGAUGACAGACAUUAACUUUCCCAUGAAGGGACGGAAAGGGAUGGUGGACUGGGCCAGAAACUCAGAGGACAAAGUUGUCAUUCCUAAAGGAAUCUUUGUGCCCCAGACAGCAGAUAUGGAUGGAUCUCCUGUGUUCAUUCUUGGAACGGUUCUCUACAAGACUCUUGGUCUUAUGCUGCCUGCUCCUCGGAAUAACACUGCUGUGAACUCGAAAGUGAUUGCUGUGACUGUACGACCAGAACCCAGGGUUACAGAAGCCCAGCUGGAGAUUGAGUUAGCUCAUCUAGCUAAUGGAACAAUGAAUCCGUUCUGUGCACUGUGGGACAGCUCUAUUAUGAACGAUUCUUGGGGCAGCUGGAGCUCUAAAGGAUGCAGAACUGUGCUCACCGAUGCAUCCCACACCAAAUGCUUAUGUGAUCGGGUAUCUACCUUCGCCAUUUUGGCUCAACAACCCAGAGAAUUAGCUAUGGAGUACUCAGGGGUUCCAUCUGUGACACUAAUAGUAGGCUGUGGUCUUUCCUGCCUGGCCUUGAUCACUCUGUCCGUGGUGUAUGCUGUUCUAUGGAGGUACAUCAGGUCGGAGAGAUCAAUCAUUCUGAUCAAUUUCUGCCUUUCAAUCAUCUGCUCCAACAUCCUGAUCCUAGUUGGACAGACACAGACACAUAAUGCGGGCAUAUGCACGAUGACAACUGCAUUACUGCACUUCUUUUUCCUGGCGUCCUUCUGCUGGGUCUUGACAGAAGCUUGGCAGUCCUAUAUGGCCGUGACGGGGAAAGUUCGGACCAGGCUCAUCCGGAAACGCUUCCUCUGUCUGGGAUGGGGAUUACCUGCUUUGGUGGUCGCUAUCUCAAUGGGAUUCACAAAAGCAAAAGGAUACGGGACACCUCAGUACUGUUGGCUAUCUCUGGAAGGUGGUCUUCUCUAUGCAUUUGUGGGACCUGCCGCUGCAGUUGUGCUGGUUAACAUGGUGAUUGGUAUUCUAGUGUUUAAUAAACUGGUUUCGAGAGAUGGGAUCCUGGAUAAGAAACUAAAACACAGAGCAGGGCAGAUGAGCGAGCCCCAUACAGGAUUAACUUUAAAAUGUGCCAAAUGUGGCGUCGUCUCAACUACUGCUUUAUCAGCAACAACGGCCAGCAACGCCAUGGCCUCCCUGUGGAGUUCCUGUGUUGUCCUUCCUCUAUUAGCUCUCACCUGGAUGUCUGCGGUGCUGGCCAUGACGGACAAACGCUCAAUUUUAUUCCAGAUCCUCUUCGCAGUCUUCGACUCCCUGCAAGGCUUUGUUAUAGUCAUGGUCCACUGUAUCCUCAGAAGAGAGGUUCAGGAUGCCUUCAGAUGUCGCCUGAGAAACUGUCAAGACCCCAUCAGUGCAGACGCGACUGGUACAUUUCCCAACGGGCAUGCACAGAUCAUGACUGAUUUUGAGAAAGACGUGGACAUCGCAUGUCGAUCAGCUCUCCACAAAGACAUGGGCUCCUGCCGAGCGGCCAUCAUCACCGGCACCCUCUCCCGCAUCUCUCUCAAUGAUGAGGAGGAAGAGAAAGGUCCCGAGGGGCUCAAUUACUCCACGUUGCCUGGCAACAUCAUGUCUAAAGUGAUCAUCCAGCAGCCCUCUGGACUUCACAUGUCCAUGGGCAUGGGCGAUCUGGGAGAGCAGUGUUUGGACAGCACGGCAGACAUGCGGCGAACCGUAUACCUGUGUACAGAUGACACCACCAGGCAGAGCGAGCAGGAGCUGAGCGGUCACCCCCAGCCGGGGCAGAUGGAAACGGACUACAUGGUCCUGCCUCGCAGUUCUGCGGCCGUGGUGUCGGGGGCCGGGUCCAGCAGCGUUCCCACCCUGCUGAAGGAGGACAGCAAGAUGAGCAUGACCAUGGACUCUCUGUCACACGACAGGUUGAUGCAUUACAAGAUGGGCGCAGAGUUUAACCUCGGGCCCUCGGGGAUGGAGCACAUGGGAAUGGAACAGCAGUACUCUGUCCAGGCAGAACACAUGCACAACUUGCCCUUUGAGCCACGCACGGCUGUGAAGAACUUCCUGGCGGAAAUGGAGGAGAGCGGAGGACUGUCUCGAAGCGAAACCGGUUCAACUAUAUCGAUGAGCUCUUUAGAGGUGCGACUUUCUCCCCUCCCACCCUUGCCAUUACAGAAAGUCAUGCACACCAGGAAAAGGCAUAUGGAGCUGUUCCAGGAACUCAAUCAGAAAUUUCAAACCCUGGACCGAUUUCGAGACAUACCAAAUAUGGGCGGCAUGGACAAGGCAAUGCCAAACAAGAACCCCUGGGAGAGCUUCAACCCGCCAAGUGAAUAUCAGAACUACGCCACAAUGAAUGUACUAGAAUCAGACACAAAGAACUCUCUGGAGAUGACUAACGCUGAGUGGGAAAGGUGUAUCAGCCUCCCUUUGGACGUCCAGGAGGGAGACUUUCAGACAGAAGUCUGAGAAUUAAUGAAGCGUUAGCGGGGACGCGGAUGAAGGUGGACAUAUUUUGCACUGAACAAAAACGCGGAAGACUUCUCAUGCAGCCUUGGAAAGACGUAUAUGGAUUCUUGGAGUCUAGCAGGGACAAUAUGUGCCAAUAAGAUUUUAAAACAAGGACGGACCGACGGAUAAAAAGACGUUAGAAAAAGACAAAAAAACAUCUGUGUUAUCUUUUUUUUUUGUAUUCUCACUCGUGUAUUUAGUGGGGGGCAGACAUGUACAAUAUCGAACAUCAUGUGUUUCAAAAGUAACCAGUUGGAAAAUAAUCGGUUCCAAAAGCGUUAUCUUUCCAGAUGAGACCUC